UGGUCUCUUUUUACGUUUAUUCCUAAUUAUGGGCGUCUCUUGGCUGCUGGACAUUGUUUCCUAUAUCGAAACUCUACUCUAUCCGGAUGACAUUAAUCCAUUGUAUUAUGUUUCGGAUUUUAUGAAUGCCAUAUUGGGUCUGUUGAUAUUUGUGUGUUUCGUCUUGAAACCCAAGGUCUUGUCGCUAAUCAAAAAGAGAUUAUUUGGUAAGCAAGAUGAAACUGACAACACCACCCAUUCUGAUUGCGAGGAAGAGGAAAUCUCUUUGAAUGGUAUUGGCUCAGAUGUCAGCAAAGAAAGGAAGGAGCUCAACUGAGACCAAUGGUAAAAAGAACUGCAACAUCCCAACUCAGCCUAUCGAAAAUUCAAAUGAGUCCAAUACCAACACGCUA